AUGGGGCGCGCGCGCAAGGCGAAAAAGGCGGCCCCGCCGCUAUCAAAGAACACGCUUCGGGUGCUGCACAUAAUUAUGGCCAUCGGCUUCAUCAGUGCAGUGCCGCAAAUCCUAACCACGGUAAUGACGACCUGGAGAGAAGCAGAACCCAUCGAAUACAAAUACAUGUUUAGAGGGAGCGAGCACUCGUUGUACGUGGACUAUACUUACUACGGGUUGUACAAAGUAAUUUAUGACGACAAGCAUGUGGAGACGUGGACUCAGAGGGUACAAAAUAUGCGAAGCAAAGGAAGUGAAGGAAUUCAAGUCGGGCGGAAUAGUGAGUCUGCUGGAAGUCUAUCCCUGUGGACAUCAGCAUGUCAGGAAGCUUGUCGAGAUGCCAUUAUCAGACGUAUAGAAGCCUACGAGAGAGUCUCAUUCAUCUCGUUAAUUCUCCUGUGUGGUAUUGUUUUGUCCUGUACUCUUAUCAUUCUAUGCAUUGGAUGGAACAUCCUUUUUUCCAAGAGUAUUCUCAUUUCGAUGGCUUGCUUCAUGCUCUCUUUUAUAAUUAACGGAGGCAUAGGGACCUACUGGUAUUACGAGACAGACCUCUCUUGGAACCUAGUGACUAAAGCUCAACAGUAUCCUUUCCCCAAAUGCUCCUACUGUUUUUAUAUCUUUAUGAUAACUACGGGAGUGUAUGCCUUAUGCUUUAUUUUCCUCCUUCUCCUGGACCUGUACCAUAAAAACUCACAAAAGAAGUCCCACUUAGAUCAAAUGGCUCUACAAAACAGGAACGCCAUGAAUGCCAAGAACUUGUACCAACCUCUAUUCGAUGGCCAAGCCAAUAUGAUGAUACUUCCCACCUUGGGGGGCAUCAACAUAAACACAUGCAUAGAUAUUAUAUGCCAUCCUACGUAA